AUGAAUUGCACUGAAGAAGAGUUAAUGAAGACAAAUGUCUUUCAAUUACCUAUUCUAAUUCCAUUGAUAAAAAUUUUGGAUGUAUAUCUGAUAUUAAAGCAAGAAUUAAGUCCAGAUGAAUUUUGCAUUUUCUUAUUUGUUGAAAAAAAAUCAAAGGAUAAGUGCAAGUUUGAUUUCAACCCAAUUGAACAACAUUUUAAUGAAAUUGAGGAACUUAGGAUUAUGCCAAUUUCGUUGCAAAGUAUCUUCAUCGAUUUGUUCAUGAAUAUAGUUCGUUAUACAAUUUUUUUAGAAUCAGUAAGUAAAGAUUACUUGGAUAAACAAAACUGUCGUAAUUAUAAUGAUUUGCAUCAAACGAUGUUGCUUGUAUACAUUUUGUCAUACAGAAUAUUCAAUAUAUUUUUUGAAGAUUCAAUUGAUUGUUUUGUUUAUUUUAAAGUAAAAAAAAUUUUAAAUUUAAUUGGUUAUCUUCUUCGUGCAGAAACUCCGAAUUUUUUCCUGGAAAAAGGUUGUUUGACAUUUGAGGAACAUUUUGUAGAGCAAAAUCUUGUGUUCCCAUUAUUAGAAGCAACACCAUAUUUAGAGAAACUUCAGGAGCAUUUGAAAAAAUAUUUACGAAAUAUAAAAAUUCCUAAAAAGGAAUCAACAACUCCCAUGUUUAUGAAUGUCUUAAAUCGACCAAAAACUCGUUUAAAUGUGCCUCCCAAUACACCCGAACCAGUCGAAAUAAAGCAUACAACAGCUUCAACAUUAAGGGAAUGUGCUCAUGUAAUCAACCUUGAAGAAAGAGAAAUAAAAAAAUUAAAAGCAUUAACAGAAGGGAGUGUAGAUCCAUCCUUGAUAUUAAAAUUAGAAGAAGAGAAACGGCAGCAACAAAGAGAAGAAGAAUUACUGAAAAUAAAAGAAAAACAUCUUUUAGCAUUGUUAACUCGCGAGAAUGCUUUUAUUGCGAAGAAAUUGUUAUUAAAUGAUAUUAAAGCUCAUGCAGAAACAGUACGAAAAGAGAAACAAAAAAUUUAUGAAAAAUUAGAGAAAUGGAGAGAAAAUCAUAAUAAAGAAGUAAUGGAAAUGGUUGAAAAAUGCCGUGAAAUCGAACAAGCUUCUCGCAUAGCUUUCAAUAUUAUGAUUGAUGAAAAGAAACAAAGAGCUGCAGAAGUUACCGAAGAAUCUCGGCAAUUGAAAGCUCAAUUGAUAAAGCAAAGAGAGAAUGAAAUUCAAAGAAAAAUCAAAUUAAUCCAAGAGAUUAGAACAAUUCAAUCUUUACGAGAAUUACCCUUUAAGGAUUUCGAUCCAACUGAAACAAAUGGCUUCGGUCUUCUUUGCGAAAUGUCUUUAACGGAAUUGAAAGAGAGAUUAUUUUGGAUGAAAAUGAAAUUAGACGAAGAGAUCAAAAAUAGAAAAUCUAUCAUUAAUCGAGAACGUGAAAGGCAGAAAAAUUUAAUCAAAGAUACACGAAAAGCACUCGAAGAAUACAAAGCAAAUAAGUUAGUUGUAAAAUUAUUAUUAACUAUCACGAUUAAUCAUUUACUUGUUUUCAGAUAUGACAAAUCAUUAUCAAAACCACAACAACAAUUUCAACAUAUUACUUCAUCAAAAAUAGAUGCAUUGCGUAAAAAAGUGGAAGAACGAAAAGCUUUAAGAUUAGAAAAGAAAGGAGAUAGGAAACUAAUUUGAAAUCACUAAGUCGAUUGCAAUAAAUUAAAUGUAUUGUUAUAUAAUUCAACAAAUAUUUAGCAUGGAAUAAUAAGGAAUAAUGAUACAAGAACUGAUAAUUUUCUUUACUAUUGUUUUACUAAUAUACAAUAAUUUUUACUAUAAUACGUUAUUAAUUAUGUUACAUCACUAAAUAACGUAAAACUAUAAUUAAAAAUUGAAAAGUCAUAAUUGAAAAUUGCUAUAUCAUGAUAGCAUAUUACAGAAUCAUGACAUCUAAAAAUAUCAUUACUGUUGAUUAACCGUCAAUUGUAAAUAUAAUAGAAUCUCUAUUAUUGCACAAAAACUAUGCAAAUAUUGAAGUUCAUAUAAAAAAAGAAAUAAUCAAU